AUCUGUCCAACAUAACUUUAUUUGUCCAGCAUAUGUGUCAGAAAAGCCAGAGAGUGUUUUUUUAUCUUUACCCAUCUACCUUAGUCAUGUUCCUGAAUCCCUGGGACUCUUAGGGGAGUGCAGAUAUUCACAUGGACAGUUCAGAGUCGCAUAUGUUAAUGCUGCAGCCAUAAGGCGAGGGAGUUAUAGGAUAACUUGAUUAUCGUUAACCCCCAAGAUAUCUGAAUACCUUUGGCUACCAGUGGUUUAUUAGGGAGCACUAAUAGACCCAAAUGCAUGUUGUGGAUCGUGUGGAAGGGCAAGCAGGUAAAAAUGAGAAUGUAGAAACACAAUGCAAAUAGAGAGAGCAAAAUAAAUUGGAACUAAUACCAGCUGGUAGCCAGAUUUUUGGGGUAAACUACACCUCAGUUGAGCUUUCAAGUCAUUGGCCUUAGAAUGUUACUGCGGUGCAAUAUUGGUAUGAGAAAAUGAAGAAUUAGGACCACACCAGGUCCCAGGGGUGGGGUUUGUGUUUGGAUGCCACGCUAAUGGUGAGCUGCCCCAGCUGAUCCACCUUCAACAAGCUCAGUCCCCUGGAGCAGGACUGAACCAGCCCCAAAGGCUGCUGACAGUCCCAGCUGGGACCAGAGCCCGCGUGGGGCUUUGCUCAGCCCUGUCUCACUUUUAGCUGGUGCUCUGUGGAGAUCACACCUCUCCCUUCUGUGCCUUAACAAAAAAGAAAGUUUGGCCCUAAAGAAAGUACUUUUCUAAAGAACACAGAGAAAGUACUGCGGGUUGUAACCCUCCACUAGGGUACAGCUGCAGUCUGCCCAGCUUAUCAAAACUGGGGGGAGAUGCCUGAAGCUUUACGUGGCCUAGCAGAGGCCCUGGUCUCAGCUGCAGAGUGAGAGCCUCUCCUCUCCCCAGUUAGCCCAGCAGACCUUUCUGUUUUCACUUUAUUUCCUAACUAUCAUUUAUUUCCUCCUCUGGUACUGUACAGAGGAGAAACAUCAGUCUCCUGCUCUCUCUCCACCUCCUUUCUAGCCAUGUGACAGCACUCCCUGCAUAAAGUGAAACUUUUCAGUCCCCAGAAAACCUUGAUUUCCUUUCCAACCGCUCCACGGUGAGAAGCAACAUCUCUCAAACCUGCAGCUUGCUGGCCAUGGGGAGGAGCACACGGCAGUUCAUCCUGCUCACCUUUGCCUGCGCAUUUUCCUCCUGCUUUGCUGAAGUGGCCCUCAGGGUUGAACUGUCUCCAGAAACCACAUCCUUCCACCAUACGGCUACUUCUGCUCAGCCACUUUCCCUUUACCAUUCUUCACCCCAUCAAGGCACCACAGUUCAUUUUAACAGCACAGACUCUCUUAAAACAACACCCUUAAGCCAUAGAACAACUGUGCAGACAACAGACCAGCACCAGGUAACAACAGCUCCAGGCCAUCACACAACAGCCCAGGCAGGAACAACCACCAUACAAGUGACCAGCCAGAAAUCUCCCCCAGUGGUAUCCACAACAUCAGCAGACAACACAACUACAACCCAGGCAAUGGAAACGGUUACACCUGCAGUGAAGAACACAACCAUACAACCAAUGUCCUCAGCCAGGCAAGCCAGAACGCAUGUGAGCACAGAGGUGAUAAUGCCAGCCACAAACACAACCGUAGAUCAUACAACACCAGCUACACAUCUGACCACUACAGCCACCACCACGCGAACUGUAAAGCCCAGCACAGGGUCAGGAAAUCAAACAACAGCCCAUACCAGCCCAACAGCCACAGUCGUGACCAACAAAACAACCAUUCAUCCAGGGACUCAAACAACCAUCCCACCUACUACGAUGACAGAGAGACCCACUCUCACACCACAGCCUUCCCUCAUCCCCACCGGCACAUACACCGUUUCCAGUGGGAACAGGACCUGCGUCAAAGCGGUCAUGGGUUUGCAGCUGAUGGCUCAAAAUACACAGACGAAGCGGAUGGAAUACAUGGCUGUCAACCCCAAUGCCACACAGACGUCUGGAAGCUGUGGGAUGGAGCAGUCUGAGCUGAACAUAACUUUCAGUGGAGGGUUUAUAAACUUCACCUUUGUGAAGCAAGCUCCAACAUACUGUGUCAGUAAAAUCGAGACCAGAUUACAGUCUGAAGGUAUGCUUUACUACGCUGCCAUACAUGAGAAGCUGUUUACAACAAAGUUGGGGAAUUCCUUUAAGUGUGCCAGCAAGCAGACUUUCCACUUGGAGAAGAACUUGCAGCUACUCUUUGUUAAUAUGCAGCUGCAGGCGUUUGAUAUUGUUGGUAACCAGUUUGGUAAAGAAGAAGAAUGUUUUGCGGAUAAAAACAGCAAAGCAGCUCCCAUCGCAGUGGGCCUGAGUAUCCUGGGAUUGUUUGUCAUUGUGUUUGUCAUUUUCCUGAUUUCCAGAAGAAAAUCGCAUCAAGGAUACCAACGUAUCUGAGGUGCCCUUAUAUUUUCAGAUGUGUGUAGCAAGUAGAGAAGUCACGGGAGUUUUAGCUUCUACCUGGUAAUCUCACUGUACUGUGGGAUGACAGUAUAUGUUUAAAUCUAAUUAAUAUUUCUGGACGUGAUUUCUUUAAGACUGGAAGGAGAGAACUCACACCAUCUACUUUAGGCUAUUCUUGGCAUCUAAUUUAGAUGGAGUCCAGAGGCCCAAAGUGAGAAGCAAUUCAGACCACCUAAAUCAAAUGCCUGAAGACAGCUUAAAGGAAGCAGUAUUGAUAUCCCACAAAAAAAUCUAUCAGGUUUGGUAAAGAUAGCAUUUAGAUUUAUUAAAUGACCUUCAAGUGAAUAAAACAGAGGUCCACAGCUACAGACAACGCUGUUAAAUCAGAGCUCAGUGAAACCUUGCAGGAACUCAGUGUAUGCUGAAGUCUCAGGGCAAGUGUAAGGGUGACAAGCAAGUUCUCACCAGUGCUGUAACAGGGUCACACUGCGUAAGUUCUUGGGUUUUUCCUACUAAGCCCUUUGCAAAGACACAGUGGUAAUGUGACUCUUACUUGACAGACAGUAUUUUUAGAAAAUUUUCUAGUUUCCAGUGAUUGUGUAUGCAAGUAAGAGAUUACCCAGCUGAGGUCAUACACGGUCUGUCUGACCACUAUGUGCCAAAAUUAUCACUUGUCAUUUCUUGUCUCAGCCCUGCUGCAAAGAUGUCUGAACUUCUUGCCAAGAAUUCUUGAACUGCAGCCUCAUAAAGCACAGCACAUUAGAGCAAUCUGACACUGGUAAAUUUAUCCUGAAGUGUUAUGCUGCAAACUGCACAGUUCAGGAGCUGAUUGACAGGCAGCUGAGAUGUCUGUGCAGAACUGGGCCGGCGUUAGGAGGCGGUAACUCCAUCCAUCUGCCACACCAGGCCAAGCCACCCCACUUGGCAACUGGUGCUCAAGGCACAGCAUCCCUUUGCCACAUGUUUGUAACACAACAUGGAGAAAGCUAACACGAGGAUUCUGAAAGCACUCUGACACACGGGCCGGUUCUAAGGUUGCCAGAGCAAUAGAUGGGCACUGGGGUGAAUUUGCUUGAUAAAUUCAAGGAGCUUAAUAUUUCAUGGUCUUGUGAGAGCUCAUGAAUCACCCACUUCCUAUUCAGACAUGAACCUGUUACAGCAACUGCCGCUGAACUCAGUAACUGCCCUUCUACUGAGAUGGCAGCACUGUGAUCUCUCUUAAUCCGGGAAGAUACCACGCUCACUCACAUGCCUGGGAUUAAGUGGCCACAAUUGUGGUAGACCUGCACAAGGUCCAUGAGCAAAUGGAGAUCCACUGACACUGUAUGGUCGAGGCUUCUGUGGAAAAUAAAAGCUUGCACAGGCCUUGGACAAACUCUCUGCCCAAAAGUGAAUGCUAUCCAGUGUGCUCCCAGCUGAGCAGCUGGAUUUUCAUAUGGAAAUACUUUGGAGUUGCUUUAAAGCACACUAGUUCAUAUACUCUGUAGUCUGCUUCCUCUAAGCCAAUGAUGAAGGCAUGAAAGUAGUAAUUGCUUUUGACAUUAAGUUCAGUUCAUGUUCUUUACUGUAACAAGGAAAAUCUCGUCACAAAAGAUUUGCAAAGCUAAACUUAUGCACAAAUGUGCACACCCCCCCCCACACACCACACAAUCUGUUCACUGCAGCAAAUGACAUCAAAAUGAUGAGAAUUUAUGUAUAAAAACAUUUACAAAA